AUGGUGACACCACAACACAAUAACAGCAACAAAAUCAUAGAAUCAACCCUUCUUCUACCUUCAUAUUCAAGUACAAAGAAAGAACCACCACAAGACACAUGGAACUUAGCAUGUAUAAUCUACUUCACACUUGGAAUCGGUUACUUAUUCCCAUGGAACUCAUUCAUUACAGCCGUUGACUACUUCUCUUACCUUUACCCUCAAUCAAGCGUUGACCGUAUUUUUGCUAUAGUUUCCACACUCAUUAGUCUUUCUGGUCUCUUCCUCAUCAUCCUUAACGGACACAAAUGUCAUGCUUAUGUAAGGAUCAAUGCCGGCCUUGCUUUGUUUGUUGUUUCUCUGCUGGUUGUUCCUUUGCUUGAUGUUGUUUAUGUUAAGGGUCGUGUCGGGUUGAAUAAUGGAUUCUAUGUUACUGUUGGGGCAGUUGGGGUUGCUGGUGUGGCUAAUGCUUUGGUGCAGGGCUCUGUUGUUGGAUCUGCUGGUGAGUUGCCGGAGAGAUACACACAGGCUGUCGUCGUUGGAAAUGCCACCUCUGGUAUACUUGUUUCUUUCCUGAGGAUAUUUACAAAAGUUGUUUACACACAAGAUGCCUCCGGCCUGCGAAAGAGCGCAAAUCUCUACUUUUUUGUAUCAAUUGUGAUUAUGUUAAUAUGUAUAGUUUUAUACAAUCUAGCACAAAAACUUCCCGUUAUGAAGUACUAUAAGGAACUUAAGAUUCAAGCAAUCGCUGCCGAGGAAGAGACCGGUCCUUUGACCGGAUUUGUAUGGAGGUCAACUGUAUGGGAUACUGUAAGAACAAUCAAGUGGUAUGGAUUUGGCAUCUCGCUUAUUUAUGUUGUGACGCUUGCAAUAUUUCCGGGUUACAUUACGGAGGAUGUCCACUCUAAGGUUCUUAACGAUUGGUAUCCGAUUCUCUUGAUUACCUGCUUUAAUGUGUUCGACUUUGUUGGCAAGAGUCUUACUGCAGUACACCUAUUAGAGAAUGCAAAAAUUGCAGUAGGCUGUUGCAUAGCAAGACUGUUGUUUUUCCCUCUUUUCUUUGGAUGCUUGCGCGGUCCGAAAUUCUUCCGGACGGAGAUUCCGGUGACAAUUCUGACUUGUCUUUUAGGGCUUACAAAUGGAUAUCUGACUAGUGUUUUGAUGAUUUUGGCUCCUAAAACUGUGAAGUUGCAGCAUGCAGAGACUGCAGGGAUUGUGAGUGUGUUGUUCUUAGUUUUUGGUUUGGCUGUUGGGUCUAUUAUAGCUUGGUUUUGGGUCAUCUGA